AUGGCAACAAUGGCGGCUUCCGUUACAGCUUUCUGUGUCGCGCUGCUGCUGCUGGCUUCCAUCCCCGGCGCUCACCCCGCGCCGGUGCCACAGACGACCGGGCCGUCGACGUCCAGCUGCACCACCGAGCUCUUCCGCCUCCUCCCCUGCCUCUCCUUCCUCGACGGCGCCUCCGCCGCGCCGGCCGACACGUGCUGCGCCAACCUGGGGAGCAUGGUGCACGACGAGCCGCUCUGCCUCUGCCAGGCACUCAACCAGUCCGGCCCCGAGAGGCCCCCCGUCAACGUGAACAUGUCCCGCGUCGUGGAGCUGCCUCUCCUCUGCCGCCUCGACCUCCCGACCACCGCCGCCGCCUGCGCAGGGCUUCUUCCAACUGGACCAGCAUCGACGCCGCCGGUGAGCACGCCUCACCCGAGCGUGAACUCCACUGUUCCAUCGACGCCGAGGCCGGUGCCACCGACGCCACCACUGACGACUGUCUCACCGAGUACUACCAACCUGGCAUCGGGAUACAGCAGCGGAUCCAAGCUGAUAGCUGGUGCCCUUUCUGUCGCACUUGGUUUCAUCGCCCUGGCGUCAGCUCUAGCUUUCUGA